GCGAUAAUUUUUAUUUAUUUCGUGAUCGCUCAAUGAUAGUUUUCUGUUCGUCACGUUCCAUUGGACCAUCUUCCUUCUGUCACGAAACGCAUUUUUCAGAUAAGUUUAACAAAACUUUCCAUCAAUUUUUGUAUUCCUUAUCUUCACCAUGUCAACCAUUCAAUAUAUUUCUAGUAGCAACGCACAGCGUACUCUUCUGGGACUUCACGCCAUGUACGAACUACAAGAGCUCUGUGAUGUGAUUCUAGAAACAGAGGAUGGUUUCUCUGUGUCGGUACAUCGUAAUGUUUUGGCCGCGUUGAGUCCGUAUUUCAGAGCGAUGUUUACUGGUCGUUUAGCUGAGAGUUCAAAAGAGAAGAUCAAACUAAGAGACAUAGAGGGCGAGUCACUACAAGGGAUCAUCAAAUUUAUGUACACUUCUUCAGUGUCCAUUAAUGAUGACAGCGUGGAGAGCUUGUUGAAAGCAGCGCGUGUCUUCCAGUUGAUCGAGAUCGUCAAUGUAUGUUGUGAAUUCCUAAAAGAACAGUUACAUCCCUCGAACUGUUUGGGUAUCGCAGCCCUUGCUGAUAGAUUUUCCUGCGAAGAACUUCUUGAUGAAGCAAACAAGUUCACUGUUAAAAACUUUAACGAAGUCGUCAAGUUUGAUGAGUUUAAACAAUUAAGAUUAGAAGAAGUAAAGACUCUUCUUUUAGAUGAGAAUAUUUCCGUGCGCUCUGAAGAAGACGUCUAUCAAGCUGCAAUUGAUUGGCUUUCUCUGACGUCAGAGCCCAGGAGUAUGUACACUGCUGAAGUGUUAGGGUGUGUGCGUCUACCAAUACUGUCACCUGAAUAUUUAACCACAAAUGUCAUAAAUAAUAAGCUUCUCGAAGGUAAUGACGAGUGCCAGCUCAUGGUUAAGGAGGCAGUUGAGUAUGCCUUAUCACCAUCAUCCGAAAAACGCAAACAUGGUUAUGUAACUAGGAUGCAACCUCGCAUGCCAACAGGUUUUGCUGAUGUGUUGGUUGCGAUAGGAGGUCUGUUUUCAGGUGAAGCAGUAUCCUCUACUGAGAGGUACAAUCUUUACACAGAUGAAUGGUUUACAUUCCCAGCUAUGAGGACCUCAAGAUAUGGUUUUGCUGUAACUCAAGUUAGAGGCCGUAUCUACUGUCUUGGUGGCUACCAUAAUGGCCAGUUUCUAAAUACAGUAGAAGCAUACAAUCCUGAAGACGACUCUUGGGCCUUGCAAAAACCCAUGUUUACCAAAAGAAAGUACUUUGGAGCAGCUUGUUUAUGUGGGAAGAUUUAUGCUGUUGGAGGGUCAAAUGGACAAGAGCGUUUGAAAACAGUUGAAUGCUAUGAUCCGUUCUCUGACCAGUGGACAUUUGUUGCACCCAUGUUAACACCUCGAAUGUACCAUGGUGUGGUUGCUCUUGGAGGUCUGCUGUAUGCUGUUGGAGGGCACAGUGGAGCUAACAGACUAAGUUCUAUGGAGUGUUAUGAUCCACAAACAGAUGUCUGGACACCAGUUUCUUCAAUGGACAAGCCAAGGUCAGUUGCAGGAGUCGCAGCUUUAAAUGGAGUGCUAUAUGUCAUAGGAGGGUUUGAUGGUUAUAAUUACCUCAAAGAUGUUGAGUGCUACAAUCCUCAGACUGACACAUGGACAGUCUUGCCAUCACUCAACAGACCGAGGUCUGCGGCAUCUGUUACAGUCAUGAAGGACAGGCUCUUUGUAUUGGGUGGAUUCAAUGGCCAAUUUCUUGACAGCAUGGAAAUAUUUGAUCCAAGAAUCAAUGAAUGGAAUUUUGCUUCGAGCAUGUCUAUACCUAGAGUCCAUUUUGGAGUCACAGUUAUUUAACUGUUAUUCGAAUUUAGUCAAAUAAAAAUUGUUAUUAAUAUUUUUUUCUGCUCCAGAAUUCUAGCAAAUAAUGUUAGUGGAAGGAAAUCAAAUAGGAGCAAGGUUGGAUCCAGGGGGUGCAUUGGGUGGCUAGCUAUUGAAAAAUAAUAAGAAUAACGACCUAAAAAGGAAGCUGGUGAUGCAUUUCUAGGAAACAGUCACCCCCUUCGAAUCUUUCUGUUUUUUAUUUAUCUUUAAGUAUUUUAUUCUCCACCUGCUAAGGACAUUAGGGUGUUGAUUGGUCCACGUAAGUCCUCAGGCAAAGUUUUCGAUGGACCUCCCAGCUCAACACCAUUAAAUGCAUUAUAUUCUCAAUUUUCUUAUAUAUAUAUAUAUAACUAGGUGUUUAAAAAUAUGCUGAGGAAAAAUAUUUUUUGCUGUUAUUUUUUAUCUUUUUAUUGAAAUGUGUUUACAAGUAUCAGAAGGCAUAUACAUUCAACUCUUUUGCUGUUUACUUUUACGUUUAUAUAAUAGGUUCUUGAGUGAGCAAAGGAGUGAAAAAAGAGUGUUUUGAAGAAAAAUAAAUAUGACAAAUAGCAACAAAUUUUAAAAUCCUAGUCUCCAGAAGCUCUCUCGAUCCAGUGCUUUUCAGUCUUGGUUUAACAUAGGUUUUGAGAAGCACUGAAGCAAGGGAGCAUCUGGGACCCAAGGUACAAUAGAGGUUUUGCACCAUCAUGUGCUGGUGCCCAUAAUAUAGCUUGGACUGCCUGUGGUUUGAUGGCAGAACAAUAGAAUCCCUUUGCUCUUGGGAAUUGAAUUCUUUCUCAUGUAAAACGAUUGUAUUGUUCCUGCCAUCUAACAUGGCUGCCAUCAUGUGGUGGUGCAAAACCUCUAUUAAUUUUAAUGUAAAAGAGAAAAAUUCCAAAAUCAAUGGAUAUUGGUUCAAUUGUUAGGAAUUCCAAUCUAAUAGUCAAUAUACAUGACCAAAAAGUUUAUUCCACUAAGAUAAAUCAAAAUUGAAUAUCCUUAAAUCCCUCCAGGGCCUAAUGGACAACCCGUACUCCUCUUUGGGAGUAUGUUUAUUUAGGAAUAAAUAUUUGUUCAUUGAAACUCAAUGUUAGUCGAGUGCUUUAACUUUAAAAAUAAGUCUAUUUCUGUAAGCCUAAUAUAUAAUACGUCUAUUUCUGUAAGUCUAAUAUAUUAAAAAUAAUUGUUUUAACUAA